AUGACUGGGUUGAAGGCGAGCCUCUCAGCAUGCCCCGUACCGGGGCAGAGCGAGAGAAGGAAGGAGAAAGGGGAAGGCAACUUUGGAAGAUCUUCUGGGUCCCGGGAGGCUGUGGCCAGACGCUUCUCUCCCCAGCCCCGCCGCCGCCGCCGCCGGGGGCCAAAUUCCGAGGCCAGCUGCUGUCCUGGCGGUGAGGAAUCCGGCCCGACGGGAUUCCUGGGCCACUCCCCCUCCUCGAGAGAGGGUGCCGGGCCCCGCGGCAGGGGCAGGGCGGGGGUGCGCAGAGGGCGGGGUGGUCCCCCGGCCCCUGGGGUCCCUCCGCGGCAGGGCCGCCCCCGACAGCGCCCCCAAGUCCCCCACGCCCGCCCGACCCGGCGCGAAUCGCCCCCCAACGUUGGCCUGGCAGCCGCUAACGGCUGGCCCUCCGACUGGCUUGUCGAGGCUGCCGCAGCACUUAGAGCAGGAACAAGGUACCGCCCCCAGGCUGCGGCGCCAGCGUGUGACCCGGCAAAGGUGCCCGGUCCCCGGGGGCGGGACUACUCCGGGCUGCGACCGGGGCCGAGCACCCGCGCAGCCCGCCCGCCAAGCGCAGCGGCCUCGGGGCUCGGGCCGGAGACCCCGACCCUCUCCGGUCCCGGCCGCCUGCACCCACUGACCCCUCGACCUCCUUCAGCGCCUGCGCGUGGUGGGUGCCCAGUGGAUCCCACCGCUCACCGAACACGCCCGGCCCUCGCGACAGAGGCACCGUGAGUACGCCCGCCAUCCGGGCGCAUCUUGGGCACACACUGCCCAGUCCCCCGCCCCCUCUGCAGCGGGCAAGGACCGCGUGACUCCUUAAGUAGGCCACUUCUCCUGGGCGAGCCUCUCUGCCCUCCUAUUCCCCUUGUCUCCGACCAGCAGCGAAGGAUCCAAGAGAAGCAGCUGGGGCCGCGACACGACCGCCAAGGCGCCCUGGGGCCCUGAAUCACCACGCGGAAUUCUCCCUGCCCACGUGAGCGAACCAAGACAGGAACAACAGUCGAACAUGGCCCUCGAGGGCCAUGAAGGUUAAAUACCUAGUACACCUGCCCGGGACUCUUCCCUUCCGUGGGAACCCAGGGAGCUGGCCGCAAGGGGAAGCCAACAGCAUCGCAGGAAGGAAGGAUCUGGAUCCCAGGGCCGAAGAGAGAGGCCUGGCCGGCAACAUGGGCGAGGAGUUUGCUUGAGCCAGACGCAGAGCUUCGCGGUGCACACCUGCUGCCCUUGGGGGACUGUCCUCAUGGCACCUGGCUUCCCCUUCCUUUGCCGUGUCCACCUGGCAAAUCCCCAUGCCAGGUGAACCCAACCUGCCCUUCUCAACUGCCACCGGAAAGCUGAAUGUUCCUGAAGAACACCCUAUAACUGGUUCAACUGGUUUUACCUUCAAUUGGUGCCCUGAGCCAGGGGGGUCCUUACUCUGUCCUACUGCCUGUUCCGGGAGGUUGGUCUUUCUCAGCCCAGGUGACCCACUUUACCAUCGUAAACGCUUUUAAGGGUAUAGUUCAAGACUGUUCCCGUAAGUUCUUCAAGCUAUUGUGAAUCAAGCUGUUAGGAAUAUUGGUGUACAAAUACCUGUUCAAAUCCGCACUUUUUUUUUUUUUAAUGUUUUAUUUAUUUUUGAGACAGAGGCAGAGUGUGAGAGGGGAGGGGCAGAGACAGGGGGAGACACAGAAUCCGGAGCAGGCUCCAGGCUCUGAGCUGUGAGCACAGAGCCAAACGUGGGGCUCGAACUCAUGAACCAUGAGAUCAUGACCUGAGCCGAAGUCGGUGGCUCAACCGCUGAGCCACCCAGGCGCCCCUCCUUUUCAAUCUUAAAAAGGAAUAAAAUUCUGAUUUUUCCACA